AUGAUUCCUAGCCAUAUCAAAAGGUUUUUCUCUGAUCGAUUAUUACUUAAAAUGGUUCUUUAUCACGUUUUCCUUCCCUACUAUCUUCCUUCCUUCCUUCGUUUCUUCAAUCCUUCCUUCCUUUCUUCUCUUCUAUCUUCCUUCCUACAUUCCUCUCUUCCUUCCUUCUAUCCUUCCUAUCUUCCUUCCUUCCUUCCUUCCCUUCUAUCUUCCUUCCUUCCUUCCUUCCUUCCAAUCUUCCUUUCUUUCCUUCCUUCCUUUCCAUCUUCCUUUCUUUCUUUCUUUCUUCCUAUCUUCCUUCCUUUCUAUCUUCCUUCCUUCCUUCCUUCCUUCCUUCCUAUCUUUCUUUUCUUUCUUUUCUUUCUUUCUUUCUUUCUUCCUUCCUAUCUUCCUUCCUUCCUUCUUCCUUCCUUCCUAGCUUCCUUUCCUUCCUUCCUUCCUUCCUUCCUUCCUUCCUUCUUUCUUCCUUCCUUCAUUCCUCUUCUUCCUUCUUCCUUCCUUCCUUCCUUCCUUCCUUCCUUCCUUCCUUCCUUCCUUUCUUCCCUUCCUACCUUCCUAUCUUUCUUUCUUUCUUUCUUUCUUUCUUUCUUUCUUUCUUUCUUUCUUCCUUCCUUCCUUCCUUCCUUCCUUCCUUCCUUUCUUCAAUCCUUCCUAUCUUCCUUCCUUCCUAUCUUCCUUCCUUCCUUCUUCCCUUCCUAUCUUCCUUCCUUCCUUCCUUCCUUCCCUUCUAUCUUCCUUCCUUCCUUCCUUCCUUCCUUCCUUCCUUCCUUCCUUCCUUCCUUCCUUCCUUCCUUCCUCCUUUCUUCCUUCCUACCUUCCUAUCUUUCUUUCUUUCUUUCUUUCUUUCUUUCUUUCCUAAUCUUCCUUCCUUCCUUUCUUCUCUUCUAUCUUCCUUCCUACAUUCCUCUCUUCCUUCCUUCUAUCCUUCCUUCCUUCCUUCCUUCCUUCCUAUCUUCCUUUCUUUCUCUCUUUCUUUCUUUCUUUCUUUCUUUCUUUCUUUCUUCCUUCCCAUCUUCCUUCCUUCCUUACUUCCUUCCUUCCUUCCAAUCUUCCUUCCUUCUAUCCUUCCUUCCUUCCUUCCUUCUCUUCUAUCUUCCUUCCUACAUUCCUCUCUUCCUUUCUUCCUAUCUUCCUUCCUACCUUCCUCCCUUUCUUUCUUUCUUUCUUUCUUUCUUUCUUUCUUUCUUUCUUUCUCCCUUAUUUCCGUGCCUGCCUAUCUAUCUAUCUAUCUAUCUAUCUAUCUAUCUAUCUAUCUAUGUAUGUAUGUAUGUAUGUAUGUAUGUAUGUAUGUAUGUAUGUAUGUUCAUUAUCUAUCUAUCUAUCUAUCUAUCUAUCUAUCUGUCUAUCUCGAUACAUAUAUAUUAG